CUUCCGCUCCUCUCCCUCCUCCUCCCCUCCCGAGCGCGGCUGGUCGGCCUCGCCGGCGACCCCACGUCUCUCUACCCCUCCUGGAGCCAGAGGCCGCGCGCGCGCGCCCGUGCUCGCUCGCGAUCUGCUAGGGUUCCCUCCGGCGGGGCCCACCACCCAUGCCGUCGGCGGCGGCGGCCUCCGCGGCGGCGCUCCUCCUCCUCCCCCUCCUCGCCGCCGCGGGCGAGGUGGCGGUCUGCCCGAGGCCGCCCGCCGCCGCAGCCGUCCUGCGCCAGCGCCACGCGCCCGCCUCCUGCUCGGCGGCGGACGCCCCGGGGCCCCGGCGUCGCCACGCCGCCGUCGUGGAGGGUGAUGAUUGGGCUCUGCAAAAGGCAGUAGCACUUGUGCUGCAGAACAGGGAAGAUUUUGUUGCUAUUCUUUUUUAUGCUUCGUGGUGUCCUUUUUCUAAAAUUUUCAGGACAGAUUUUCAAAAGCUAUCGUCCUUUUUUCCAACUAUUGCUCAUUUUUCUUUCGAAGAAUCUCAUAUCAAACCAAGAAUAUUGUCAAGAUACGGAGUCCGUGCCUUCCCAACUCUUUUCCUUGUGAACUCUACAGUGCGUGUGCGCUAUCAUGGAUCUCGGACCAUGAAUUCCCUUGCUAUGUUCUAUAAAGAUGUUACAGGUAUGAAUCCUGUGUCAUUGGACACAAUAUCCCUGGAGACAGUGGAGGAUACAGUAACUAUAAUUGAUAAUGACAAAAAGAGCAAAAAGGAGGAUUCUCUGUUAUUAUGGGCAAGAUCACCAGACAGGUUACUUCAUCAAGAUACAUGUCUUGCAUUGGCUAGUUCUUUUGUGCUCUUGAGGUUGCUUCAUUUUCUUCUUCCCAAGAUCAAUGCAUGCAUGAAGCAAGCAUGGAGGAUGCGACUUUAUGAAUUGAAUAGGUUGUUUCCUAGCUUGUCUUGAGGAAACCAAUGUGGACAUGGAAACUUGAACUGAUUGUCUAAACAAGGCAGCAUACACAUAAGCGAUGCAUGCAGCAAACCAGAUCAUGAGGGGGUUGGGGUUCUGUCAAUGUCUGCUCAUAAGUUAAUCAACAUUGUUGGCUCAUGGCUGACUAGUGAAAAUGAUAGUUCUAGCAGCUCAGUGUAUCCCCAAGGUCUCAUCAAAGAUAGCUCUACCAGCUCAGUAUAUCCCCAAGGUCUCAUCAGUGGAUGUAUCCUAUUUCCUCGGUCUUAACUCUUUCUGUGUCGACUAUAUGUGGUCAUUCCUUGGAAAUGUCUCUACAAGCUUAAGUGGCAUUCAAGGAAAUGCUGGCGUGAAUGACUGCAUGGUGAUCAUCUAUACUAGCGGCCAUCUCUGUGCAAAUUCAAAUUUGUAUCUUGGUCUUGUUCUGGAUAAACAAAAAUACAACAUGUAUUCUAAGAAAGAUGGUUCUUCUAGGUUAGUCAUACAUGAUUGAUAUGUUUGCGUUUGACAAACUCGAGGGGGUCCGUACUGUUUGUGUAUAGCUAACAAUCCUGUUGACCAACUGGUUGUUCUAGUGAAGUUUACUGGAUGUAAAUGGAAUUGCCGGAUCACAACGACAUAAGUUAUUUUUCUUUUUUCUGG